CGCGCUGCGUGUCGGCAGGUGGAGGGAGAAGGGAAAGUUUGGCCCGUGCGUGGGGCUGGGGUGGAGGGCGGGACGGAGGGGUUGGGCCGAGGCGAAGCUGCUGUCGCUGCUGCAGCGGAGGCCGAGGCCGGGACCCGAGCCGGGCCGGGGAGUGCCGGACGCGGAGGAGCAGGAGGCGAGGUGCGCCGGAGCUUCGAGACCCCGCUGCUCUGCCGCGCGGUGACCCCGUGCCCAGGCGCCGUCCGACCCGUGGCUGUUCCCGAGGCGGUUGUUGGGGGCGCGGCGGCAGCGGUUGGGGGUGGGGAGAGGCGCGGCGAGGAGACGAGAGAGGUCAGCGAGUUUGAGGGAGGACCGGGAGCCGCGCCGCCGUCAUGUCCGAGGACUCGAGCGCCCUGCCCUGGUCCAUCAACAGGGACGAUUACGAGCUGCAGGAGGUGAUCGGGAGUGGAGCAACGGCUGUGGUCCAGGCAGCGUAUUGUGUUCCUAAAAAGGAGAAAGUGGCAAUCAAACGGAUAAAUCUUGAGAAAUGUCAGACUAGCAUGGAUGAACUCCUGAAAGAAAUUCAAGCCAUGAGUCAGUGCCAUCAUCCUAAUAUCGUGUCUUACUACACGUCUUUUGUGGUAAAAGAUGAGCUGUGGCUAGUCAUGAAGCUGCUAAGUGGAGGUUCUGUUCUGGAUAUUAUUAAGCACAUUGUGGCAAAAGGGGAACACAAAAGUGGAGUCCUAGAUGAACCUACCAUUGCAACAAUACUCAGAGAAGUGCUGGAAGGGUUGGACUACCUGCAUAAAAAUGGACAGAUUCACAGAGAUGUGAAAGCUGGAAAUAUUCUUCUUGGAGAAGAUGGCUCAGUACAGAUUGCAGAUUUUGGAGUUAGUGCUUUUUUAGCAACUGGUGGUGAUAUUACCCGAAAUAAAGUGAGAAAGACCUUUGUUGGAACCCCUUGUUGGAUGGCACCUGAAGUUAUGGAACAGGUCCGAGGUUAUGAUUUCAAAGCUGACAUUUGGAGUUUUGGGAUCACAGCGAUUGAACUGGCCACAGGGGCAGCUCCUUAUCAUAAAUAUCCGCCAAUGAAGGUUUUAAUGCUGACACUGCAGAAUGAUCCUCCUUCUUUGGAAACUGGUGUUCAAGAUAAAGAAAUGCUAAAAAAAUAUGGAAAAUCAUUUAGAAAAAUGAUUUCAUUGUGCCUUCAAAAGGAUCCAGAGAAAAGACCAACAGCAGCAGAACUGUUAAGGCACAAGUUUUUCCAAAAAGCAAAGAAUAAAGAAUUUCUUCAAGAAAAAUUACUGCAGAGAGCUCCAAGCAUUUCUGAAAGAGCUAAAAAGGUUCGGAGAGUACCGGGUUCCAGUGGCCGUCUUCAUAAGACAGAGGAUGGUGGCUGGGAGUGGAGUGAUGAUGAAUUUGAUGAAGAAAGUGAGGAAGGGAAAGCAGCAAUUUCACAACUCAGGUCUCCCCGAGUGAAAGAAUCAUUAUCAAAUUCUGAGCUCUUUCCAGCAACCGAUCCCGUGGGUACUUUGCUCCAAGUUCCAGAACAGACUUCUGCUCAUCUACCUCAGCCAGCUGGGCAGAUGCCUACACAGCCAACUCAAGUUUCCCUCCCACCCCCUAUAGAGCCAGCAACAACAACUCAGGCUCUGUCUUCAGGAGCAGGUUCACAAGAAACUAGGAUCCCAAUCAGUCUAGUGCUAAGAUUAAGGAAUUCAAAAAAAGAACUAAAUGAUAUUCGAUUUGAAUUUACUCCUGGGAGAGAUACAGCAGAGGGUGUCUCUCAGGAACUCAUUUCUGCUGGGCUGGUCGAUGGAAGAGAUUUAGUAAUAGUGGCAGCUAAUUUGCAGAAAAUUGUGGAAGAACCUCAGUCAAAUCGAUCUGUCACUUUCAGACUGGCAUCUGGUGUCGAAGGCUCGGAUAUUCCUGAUGAUGGUAAACUAAUAGGAUUUGCCCAACUCAGCAUCAGCUAAACCACAGCCCUGGAAGAGGCGGCCUAAGGAGAUUCCACACGUGUGUAUCUCUGUUGCUUCUGUUGGCCUAAACCCACUACUGCCAAAGAACCCAGCAACAAACCUCCCAGCUAGGAGCUUUAGAGGUCUUUCUUUAUGUUUUUCCUGCCAUCAUUCCCCGUUUUUCCCACACGGAAAGAAAAGUUGGAUCACCAGUGGCCAGCAUCCCUUCAAAGAGUUCUGUUAGUAGACUUACUGCACAUGUCCCCUAUCUUCCUCCAUCAGAGAAGUGGCCCAUGUGCCUCAAGGCCCAGGAGGGAGAUCUGUCAGCUCAUCUUGCCUUACUCCAAUGAUAGCGCUGGGUGGAAAGUAGCAGCUAUAUUGGGCUUCCUCAUCCUGCCUGUUCUCCCACACCUGACAGGAUGUGGGCAUCUUGGGAUAUCUCUUUACCACUGAAGUAGCAAUUAAAAGUUGAUUGUUCAGCUGGAGUCCAGGAGAAUUUAAUUUAGUGAUUGUUUUUUUUUUUUUUUUUUUUGUAUCUGAUGUGAAUUCUAGCAACCUUUGUUAGGAAAAAGCACAGCCUCAGAUGGAGGCAGCCUAAACUAUAUUCUUGUUCUGUUCAUGAUGUUUCUAAGCGUUUUGCUGAAGCUGCUCUCAGGCACCCCUCUUCAUUACUCCCUCCAGAAAGGGUUGCUAGCCUUAACUUCAGCUGGUGCAAAACAUCUGACUGUAGUCGAACUUCAGCCGUCGGAUCCUUCAAAGUGGAACUUUGGACUGUUUUUAGAGAAAACAUCAAGUAAUGGCUUGUAAAAGUAAAUUUUCCCAGCAGUGGUUUUUGAACAGGAAAAAUCAUAACUCAUAUCAUUGUGGAAGUAUUUAUUUUCAAAUCUUAAAAAAUUAAAUCGAAGAAAAACUGCUCCUCGAUCCUCCCUUGAAAAUCAAUUUGCCUGGCCUCCAAGUCAUGAGGAAAUGCAAGGCUGAGAUUUCUACAGCAAUAAAGGAGACUCACUGGGCCAGACAGGCCUGCCUUCUGCCCCCUCUCCUGCACUGACCCUUCGGAGGGGGUCCACACUUGUGUGUGCUGAACCUGACCCAAGAUGGAAAGUGAAACCACACGUGCCGUGACUUUUAGGAUUUAUGAGUAGACAGUGUUCAUUUGAUUUUCUACAGAAAUAAUAUAAAUUAUUCUUUAGGUUUAAAAAAGAGCACUCAAUGCAAUAUGUGAAUAAUCAGUGGAGUUGAUUUUUUUUUUUCCUACUGUUUCACAGUUAGCCUUUGUCUAACUGUACAUAGCCCUAACAAAUUUUGUAUAUGAAAGGGAUACUCAAUCUGGCCUUAAGACGACAAACAAAGAUGGGCUUUGGCCCCGUGGAAAAGGGAGAGUUGUGUCUUAGAGAAUCGAUGGAGCCUUUUCCAGCGUUGUUGGUCUGUGAAUAAGAUUGCUUCAUCUCGACUUUCUCUUGGAGCAUCUCUUAAAGCUUUCCCCACAACUGACUUGUCACAGUUUUUGUUUCAUCUGGAGCUUAUAGUUUUAUUCAUGGGUUUUUUUCACUGCCCUGGAUGCAAAGGCAUGUUGGGAAAGGGAUGGAUGAGGGGAUGGGUUUGGGAUGGGGGUUGGGAACAAAGUAGAUUAGAGGAAAAGACACCAAAGUCCAUGGUCCCAGCAGGAUUCAUAAAAGGAGGAAGCCUGCUGAGCCUGGAGAGAGAAAAGAAGAUUGAUCAGCUUGCUGGAAAAUAUUCAGCUUUUCUUUUUCUUUUUUUUUGGAGGGGGGUGGAGGGAAUGAGGAUAAGGAGAUGGGAAUAAGGUAUGAAAAAGAGACAGUGCCCCCUGUGGCACAAGACUAAUGGCUUACCUUAGAGUCUGUUUUGGUUUCAAACAAGCCCAUCAUAAUCCACUUAUUUAUGAACCCAAGGGGUGGUGGCAUCACUCUAUUCUAGCUUUCUAUUUGGAGGUGGUCCGGAGCCCAGGCUGGGAGUAAGCAGCAGUUCCCUCUGUUCAGUUUCUCCAGCCAGCCAUGAUGUUUGAACUGCAGUGGGACAGGCAUGACAAAAGAAAUGGGCUGGGGCUUUCUCUUUCUUUUCAGUUCAUUUGUUGCCCUGCUGGGAAUUAGGAGUCAGACACCAAGCCCCAGGACAGUGUUAUUUCUUCUUCUGCAUGAUGGAUAGUGGACUCCCUUUGCUGACUUGUGCAGUGAUGCUGAGAAAAUAAGUGAACAGAAACUUCCAGGUGGGACAGCACAUGACCUAGUAAGCAACCACGCUCCUUUCCAGGAGUGGUGGUUCGGGGUGUACCUGUGUCCCUAGGUCCCCAGGAUCCCCUGGUCCCUGGGGCAGGGACUAACUUAGCGCAAGGUAACAUGUGCCAAUGCUAUUUGUGAAAUGUAUGGUCUUUCUAAAUGACUAAUGGAUUUGUUUGGGUUUUUGCUUAAGUGUUGAACCAAAUUCUAGAGCCAGCUGAUAACUAUUUAAUAAUCUGGAAGAUAGAAUAAUGGUGUAUCAAUAAAUGGAGGUUUCUCCUUAUGACGUACGCUAGAUUAUGGAAGAUGUAAAAUAUUUGACUCCCCUCCCCUUUUUGACUUUGUAUUUUGCUGCAUGUUUCCUUCAUUUUUAAUCAAUAAAGAGUAAAUUGUC